AUGUUUACCAACCUUUUCCAAGGCCGAGCCAACUCUUGUGAGAGCUCUAACACUCCAUCAAUCAGGAGGGAAGGACUAGGCCCUCUAUUGAGCUUGCAACAACCGGAGGCUUACAUUUGCGCACGCUGCUCAAAAGGUUUCCCUUCCUCUCAAGCCCUUGGAGGCCACCAGAAUGCUCAUAAGAGGGAGCGUAACGAGGAGCGCAAGCAGAUGCUGGAGGAGCGAGGCAGAAUGAUGCUGGAGGAGCGCACCAGAAUGAUGAUGGAGGAGUACCUUUCAAUGAAGGAGAUGAACUACAACACACAUAUUCUGUCUCCUCAUCCUCUAAAGGCUGUAUCUCCAAAUGGCGAAGAUAUGAUGCCUUUUUUGACUAUGCAGAUUCCUAUGCCCCAUCAAGGCAAUGAUCUUAUGAUGAACCCAGAAACAUUACUUGCUUUCCAUUCUCGAAAUGGACAGGCCGGUUUCCUGCCUGGUUUUGGGUUUGGUCCUACUCUUGGUGAUACAGUUGCACAUCAUCAGAUCCCAUAUAGGGUUCAUCAUGAAAAUUGUAAUAAUGGAUCAUAUGAGAUCCCAUAUGGGGUUUCCCCUUCAAAUGACAACAAUCAUUAUCCAGCCUAUCCCACAAUCAAUAAUAAGCUGAGACCAUGGGAGCUGGAUAUGAAUCCGGUAAGAAACUUAGAUCAGUCGACUGUCUGGACGGGGGAGUCAUCAAAUGCAGCUGUGGAAGAUGCAAGUAUUGGAGCCCUUCUUAAGAGACAAGAGAUGAAUGAAGUCACCUUCAAUGAGGAGCUGGACUUAACUUUGAGGCUCUAA